CUUUCAAGGAGAGUGCCCUGUCCUCGUCUCCAUGACACUGUUUAUUUAUUCGUGUUGUUUUGUCAUUUUUUUUAUAAACAGUUUUUCCGACCAUUGAUUUUCACGAUGAAAACCUCAGCUCUAAGCGUAUUUUCCAAAAUUAACAGCAAUGUACUCCAAAAUUCUCGUAGACUUUUCUCGUUUAAUUUCGAGAUGACACCGGCAAGUCGGCAACCGGAAGCUAAGGAGGAGACAAAACCGGAAGAACAACCCAAGAAUUUCCGGUACAAUGUGUGCCAACCCCGGACUAGUCCGGUCGAACGACCCAACUCGGCCGGGGAUGUCAUGGCCCUCCAAAAACAGAACGUGAAAGCCGCCAUUGAAGAACAACAAUUACAACCAUCCAUGCUUCCGGAAUAUUACCAAAAAACGAUGGAAAAGAGCGUCUUGACCAAUCCGGACCCGGAACACACCGAAGAGGGCCGAAUCAACAAGGGCUUGAACCCCAAAAAUCCCAGGAGGUUCCAAGUGUCAAAAACGUACGCCAACGCGAUUUUGCCCUUGAAAAGUGUGAAGCUUGCAAAUCCAUUCCCCGAGCCGGUGAAAAUGAUGAUGUCCAGGACCGUAUCAGAUGACGAAAAGGCCGAACAAAUGCUGGCGGAGGCCCGGAGUCAGAAACAACACAACGAACAAAUGGCGAAUAAAUCGUCGACUUUUCGCUCGUUUUCUACCGAAGUGAGGCGUUGGUACUCGAAGACGGUGGGGACCGACCCGGAAAAGUGCAAGAAAAUGGGCAAAGGCAAGAAGGGUUGCCCCAAAAUGAAGCUGAACAACUGCCCGGCCCCCGCACGCACUCGCUGCGACCGUUUCGCCAAACAUAUUGACUGCAAAAAGCAGGAAGCCCCCUACCCGGCUUAUAGCGAGUUUUGUCACGAAGAAAUCGACGAAAAGCCUUCGUCGUGUAAGAUGUGUCCCUGGAAGCCGGAGGAAAACCCCAAUUUCAAGCCCUCGAAGAAGAAAUUCCACACUAGUAGUCUAGUGAUGGUGCGUCGGAGCGGCCUUGAAAUGGACUUGCCCCUGAAUGAGGACCCCCUCGUUGAGACCAACGACGAAAUGUUGUGCGAUUUGCGUAAGCCCCCAUGUGAGCGUCCGAAAAACCGACGGUGUCCCGAACCCAAAAACAAAAAAAAAGAACAGAAGAAAAAGAAACCGAAACCGAAACAGGAAUGUGCGAUUCUCGAUAAUAACAUCCUCGACGGUGCAGUCUUCGAACCAGUUGAUGUCCCCCAGAUCUCUCUCAAAACUAACAAACCCAAAGACCCCGGACAAGGACCUUGCAAGAUCCCCAAAUUCAAAUUCCCAUGUUGUAAUCAAAAAAUCUCCCGUACCGAUCAAGAUGGAAGGUGCCCCACUAAACGCCGCAAACCGAAAGUGCGGGAUUGCCCCCCUAGUGACAAGGCUUGCGAUACCAUCGAAGUUGUUGAGGAGUACAAUUUGAGCGGCGGGGGGAAAAAGGAUAAGACGAAGUGCCCCCAAAUCGACAUGACGACGCUCAGGGAAGAGGUAGACGAUGAUCCCUGUAAGCUGAAGAGGAAGGGGACCACGAAGAUAUGUCCUGGGGAUCUGUUGAAGAAGAAGAGGAGGAAACCGAAGAAGAAGACGAGUGGGGUUAUAGCACCGCUCGAGAAAAUCGAGCCGCCGCAACCUACCAAGACGGUUUAAAUGUACGUAAUGACAAAACAACGAAAAUAAAAAAUCAUAAAAAGUUUAAAA